UGUAAUAGCCGCAUCAUGUGACCAGCGGCAGUAGUAAGACAGGUGCCUUCAGUUGAGCCUCAGUAAGAGGCGAGCUGCCUGCAUGAGUGCGAGCUGUGUGUGUCACUGCUGGGGACUGUAGAUCCAUUCAGGGGCUGGAUGGCGUGGGACAUGUGCAACCAGGACUCUGUAUGGAGUGACAUAGAGUGUGCUGCUCUGGUCGGUGAAGACCAGCCUCUCUGCCCCGAUCUUCCUGAACUUGAUCUCUCUGAACUUGAUGUCAAUGACUUAGAUGCAGACAGCUUUUUGGGUGGAUUAAAGUGGUACAGUGACCAAUCAGAAAACAUUUCCAAUCAGUACAGCAGCGAAUCGUCCAACAUAUUUGAGAAGAUAGACGAGGAGAAUGAAGAGAAUUUGCUAGCAGUUCUUACAGAGACAUUGGACAGUCUCCCUGUGGAUGAGGAUGGAUUGCCUUCAUUUGAUGCACUGACAGAUGGAGAUGUGACCAAUGAACAUGAUCCUAGCCUUUCAUCUAUGCCUGACGGCACCCCUCCAACUCAGGAGGCAGAAGAGCCGUCACUACUUAAGAAGCUGUUGCUGGCCCCAGCUAACGCUCAGCUGAUUUACAAUGAAUGCAUUGGGUUCACUACACAGAACCAUGCCAGCCCCAGUCAGAGGAUCAGAACUAAUUCUGCGGUUGUUAAGACCGAGAAUUCAUGGAGCAAUAAACCGAAGACCAUUUGUCACUCGCAAAAGCCACCGCGGCGUCCUUGCUCAGAGCUCCUUAAGUACCUGACUUCAAAUGACGACCCUCCUCAGACCAAAUCGACAGAGAGCAGGAACAGCAGGCUUGACAAAUGCAGCAGCAAAAAGAAGCCGUACUUACAGCCUCAGCCACAUUAUCAAGCCAGGGCAACGAGUUUGUCGCUUCCCUUGACGCCCGAGUCACCAAAUGACCCCAAGAGUUCCCCAUUUGAGAGCAAGACUAUUGAACGAGGCUUAUGUAUGGAGCUCUCUGGAACUGCAGGAUUAACUCCACCUACAACACCUCCUCACAAAGCCAAUCAAGAGAACCCCUUCAGGACCUCACCUAAGCUGAAAUCUUGCAAAUCUUCUGUGCCACCUGCUAAAAAAUCUCGCUACAUUGAGUCUUCCAGUAUCCAAGUUCUCUAUCCAGCUAAGAAAGGUCCAGAGCAAUCAGAACUGUACGCACAGCUCAGUAAAGCGACUGUGGUAAUUGGACAAGAGGAGAAAAAAGCUAAGCGACCUAGUUUACGACUUUUUGGAGACCACGACUACUGUCAGUUUAUGAAUUCAAAAUCUGAAAUACAUAUUAGCUUAUCACAAGAAUUACAGGCCUCAAGACAUCUUGAAUGUAAGGAUCCUUUGCCUGGCAAAGAACUGAAAGUCUGUUCAUACACUGAUCAAGAGCAAUGCCAGAAAGACAGCUUACCAGUCACAAUGCCAAGUUCUCAGAACAGCCAUAGGAAACAGCUCCAGGACCAGGAAAUACGCGCUGAACUCAACAAGCACUUUGGGCACCCAACGCAGGCAGUCUACAACGAUGAAACUAAAAUCAGUGAACUGGUGGACAAUAAAUAUAGCGAUGAACAGUUGUCAAGACUACCUAUGUUUCUAACUGCUGGGUUGGAAAUAGAUAGUUUGUUUGAUGACAGCGAGGACGAAAAUGAUAAACUGUGCUAUACUUGGGAUGAAACACAGUCAUAUUCAUUAUUUGAUGAAUCACCGUCUUGCUCUACUUUUAAUUCUCCGAGUAGAUAUUCAGUAUCCCCACCAACAUCCCUGUUUUCACAAAGGAUAUGCUCUAGAUCAAGAUCUAGGUCCUUUUCACAGUUUAGAUCGUCUUCUCUUUCCCCAUAUUCUCGUUCAAGAUCCAGAUCUCCAUCAAGCAGAUCAUCAUCAGGGUCUUGCUGCUGCUAUGAGACUGAUCAUUGCAGAGAAAAAACUUCUCCAAUGUAUGCACGAUCACGGUCAAGGUCGCCAUAUGGUCGUAGGCCCAGAUAUGACAGCUAUGAGGAAUACCAACAUGAACGGCUGAAGAGGGAGGAGUACCGCAAGGAGUAUGAAAAGCGGGAAUCAGAGAGAGCAAAACAAAGAGAGAGACAAAGGCAAAAAGCCAUUGAAGAACAUAGAGUGAUAUUCGUGGGUAAAAUGAGACCUAACAUGAGCCGCGCAGAGCUGCGUGCCCGGUUUGAAGUUUUUGGAGAAAUUGAGGAAUGCACAGUAAAUCUGCGGGACGAUGGCAAUUGUUACGGAUUCAUCACCUAUCGCUACACCUGUGACGCUUUUGCUGCUCUUGAAAAUGGAUACACGCUGCGCAGGUCAAAUGAGCCAGACUUCGAGGUUUGCUUUUGUGAAAGAAAGCAGGUUUGCAAGUCCAACUAUGCAGACUUAGAUUCAAAUUCAGAUGACUUUGAUCCUGCUUCCACCAAAAGCAAAUAUGACUCCAUGGAUUUUGACAGUUUGCUCAAGGAGGCACAGAGAAGCCUGCGUAGGUAACAAGCAUCGUCGCCAAGCCGGAUAGGAAUAUGGAGAAUACCUCAAGGACAUUGCGUCCUUCAAUAACAGACUCUUAAAAGUCAAACCUAGGAAUUUCUCCUACUUUACACUCUGUAUUACAAUGGUUUACAUGAACAAAGCUGCUGAAGACUGAAGAGGCAAAGUGAUUAUCAGACAAAAAACACGUAACCAUGGGUGUCAGAAGUUUUGUUGCUGGAUUGUGCCAUCAAUGGCUGACGAAUGGUAAGGCCCACCUGCCCUCCACCCGGGAACACUCAAUAAGCUCUACAGAGAAAUGUCCGAAAGGCAAAAAUAUUUAUUCUUCUUAGGUUCACAACUACUGAUGCCAUGGUGCGCCCCAUCCUUCCUCACAUUUCUUUUACUUCAAGAAAUCAAAACUCCUGAUAAGAGAAAAAAAACCCCCCGCAAACUGUUCAGUACAGACAAUGCCUUAGUGACUUUGUUUUUUUUUUUCUAUUGGGAACCUGACAAGGAAACCACGGAAAUAACUUUUCUUUUUUUCUAGCAGCCACAAGACUAUUUCUGCUUCUCUGUUCUUUGACUCUGACACCCAUGCAAUUGUCUACAGUGUCGACCUCCCACAUCAAAAAGCCUUGUUAACGUGGUCAAUUUCACAGCUUGUUCAGCAUUAUUUUUCUGAUGAGUGGAUGUGGUGUUACAUAAUAAAUAAGAAGUUGGAGGCAAGUCCAAGUAGUUCGGAAGCUACGUUGUAAACUUGUAGUCAAAGUAUUUACAGAUAUGAACCGCUUCUCUGCCAGAGAUGUUGGGCAACGCCGAACAUUGCCCGCUCCCCUGGCAAGAAUCCGGUUCGACGGAGUAUUUUUAUUUUCUUGUACAUAAAGUAUGACAAUGUCUUUUAUUUGUUACAGCUAUGCACUGUAAAUGCAGCCUUCUUUUAAAUACUGAAUACUUUUUUCUUAAUUGAAAAUAUUCAAUUGUAAUUAUAUAAGGUGAAACAACUAUUGUAUACUAAUCUAUUUAGGAAGCUGAAUUUAUGCUUAUAUAUUUGAUUGUAAAACAAAAAAGUGUGAGUGGGGUUUUUUUUGGUUUUUUAAUUUGGGUGCACAGAUAAUAUCUUAAGCACACUCAUCCCAUACUUUGGUGCGCUUCCUUUUAUGUGUUUGUGACAGAUGAUCCUGACCUUUUUAAGUAUUUUAGUGGAAGGCAACGCGUUUCACACUUUUUGUUUUUGUUUUUUGUUUCAUCGUCCUCCAAUACGGCACUAAAAUCAUUUCAGGCCGUUGUUUGCAUGGACAAUUCACCUACCAUUCUUCUGCCACCAUAUUUUGUUUUCUGUCACGCUCAUUUGAUUUGGAAGCGAAACAUCUCAGUGUUUUGGUUUUUUUUUAUAUAAAGCGUCUUGUUUAAGUUGCUAGUGAUUCUUGUUUUUAUUGCAUAUAUGCGUCGGGAAUGAAUGUAACUAUUGAUUAUUUUUACAAUAGGCUUGUGUGUGUAUUUUUUUAUUAAACCAAUUAUUUUAUGAAUGCUGCUGGGUAACUCAGCACUGUAUACCUUGUGUGGUAUGUCUUUCUGUCGAAACACUGUUCAGUAAGCCAGUACUUUAUUUUAUUUUUUUCCAUCGGCACUGUUAAAUUAUGGCAUUUGUCAAAAUAUAUAUAUAGAUUUUUUUUUUAUUUUACAGUUAAGCAUCCUGAUAAAAUACUGAUCGUUCAUUCCUUUGUUAACUGAAUACAUAUUUAUCAGUUUAUUUUAUCCUAUUUAUUAUAAGAAUAGGCUGAGUACUUAGGAUAUGGCCAGUGGUAAAAUUUAAUAUAUGGAUGCUAAACACCCUUAUGCUGCAUUAAAACAAUGCUUCCGUUGCCAGACUUUGCGAAACAUAAAUUAGCUUUUGGUGUUCCAUUCUUUGUAUGCAGAAUCUCUAUCCACAGGCAGAAAGCAAAUGUUUUGGUACCCAAAUCAACGCAUUUUGAACUAUUUUGAGUUUCUUGGUAUUGUUAAGUUAAACCAACUAGUUGCAAUUCAUUCAUCUACAGUGAAAUCUUCUCAGACACAGAUGGAAGAAACUGUUUAUUAGAAAUGGAGAAUAUUUUUUACCACCAGUAUUGUAUCCAUUACAGAUUGAGGGCUAGAGCAACAUACAUAGGAUAUAUAUUAUGAGCUAAAUUCCAUAUGUUCCUUCAGCUGUCAUGGAAUUUCGGUAGUUGCAGCUAGAGAUCUCCGAUAGGUCCCCAGCGUUCAUACAUUGCCAGCCCCUUUACACACACACAUCUGAGGCCCUUUUUGGGAGAAAUGUAUUUGUAUCCCUUGAUGAUAAUUUAUGGAAAAUAUGAAAGAAUUAGUGUAUUCUGUUUGGAAUAUCUAAACCUGAUUUACACAAAUAGUAGUGUAUAUUUUCUGUUUUUGCAUACAAGGUUUAGUCCCCAUGAGCUUCACUGGAAAGUACUCCAUAUUUUCAAAAUAUUUAUGAAAAAUAAAUUCCUCUGUCUUGCUGACAACAUAAGGGGGUGUAAUCACACUCUCUGUUAAGUGCUGCCAUUGAUAAUGAGUGUAUAAAGGCUGUAAUGCUCACCCAUUCCAUGCUGGGUUAUGAUAGGCUGAAAUAAAACUCUAUACAGUGUCACCAGUCUAUUGGAGCUCUGCAGCAUGACUAAACCUAUGCCAGGCACCAUAAGCCCAAAGCUAUUUUCUGUGUAAGACUCACUUAAAUAUACGGUUGCAGGCAAAAUUGUGACGUCGGUAACUGAUUGUGACGUCGAUAACCGAUUGUGACAUCAACAGAAUCUAAAGACAAAGACAUUUGUGUAAACCAGGUCCAAUCUACUUCAAUAAUCUCUUUUACUGUGAGGUAUCCUUCUGCUGUGGCAAAACAUACAUAAUCAUAUCACCAGCAUAGUUUGAGAGAUUCCACUGUCCAUGAUACUGGAAGCUUUGCUAGUUUUUUCUCUUUGUUUUUGAAUGUAGUUAGCAAUAAAUAAGGAACUUUUCCGCAGGUUCUGUUACACCAUUAACAGCUUUAAUCUGUGUAACCGUUGUUUAAACCGUAGGUUAAAAUGCAGGUAUUUUUCUUUUAUUUUUAUGUGAACCGCCAAACCGAAGUUUACAGUUUUUUUGUUUUUGUUUUUUUCUUUUUUUUCUGAAUUUUGAGUAACUUCUGUUGUAAAAAAUGAAUAAAAAGAAAAGAAAAAAGUAUAUAUAUAUAUUAAAAGCAAUAAAUUAUUUUUGAGAAAUCAAUGUUUAUUAUAUCAUAUUAUGUGUUAAAGAUCAGAUGCAUUACCUAUUUUGCCUUUAAAUUUAUGUAAUCAGAUGUUUUAUGCAUUCUAUUUUAUCCCUGUAUUGCUGAAAUGAGUAAAAAAAAAAGUGUGAUUUUUUUUUUUGUUUUUUUUUUUUUUUCUCUGAACAUAAAAAAAAAUACAUGAUCUUAAUGCUGACUUUUUGGGCAGAUUUGACAAAUGCUGGUGUUUUUCUGUCUUUUUUUUUUUAAUGUUAUGGGGCAUUUUUGAAAAAUCGGGAACAUUAUAAUGGUUGUUAAAGGGAAACUGUGCUUUAUCAGCGGUUGGGGUGAAUCUUUCAUUUGUUUGAAACGUGUUGUUAUGUAUAAAGGUUUCUCAUAUUGUCUGCACAGAACAUUCUCUUGCAUAAAAUGAGACGCCAUAUUACCUCAACAAUGAUGCUUCUACCAUCUCCAUCUUGUAGUUUAGAACUAAAUGGCAUGUUUCCAUUAAAGCAUAUGGAGAAAGCCUUUGCUAUUCAAGCAACAUGGACCCUCCUACUUGUGCAAAAGCUGUUCUGUGCGCACAAUAUAGUCCCCAUACAUUAACGUGAAAAUAAAUGCAAGAUAAACCCUACCUGCAGAUAUAUAUCACCCUUUAUGUAGAAGUGCACCUUUACUUUUAAUGAUGCAAAAUAUGAAACGUACCACUUACAUGGUGUAUUCAAGGUGCAUUAAACGCCUCAAGCUUUUACAUAUGUAGGUUCUGCUGCUUUUCUUAUACAUUUAGGGGUUCGUUCUCUUACAAAGGUGCAACACUGCUCCCAUCGUAGCAGCCAACAGCCACUCGACGUUUGCUUUGUUCUAACAGCAAAGCUGAUUGGUUGCUACGGGGCGACUCACUGGUGCAAACUGUCGAUGAGCCCCCGCGGUUGUAAAUUCUACAGCUGCCACUUUUGUGAAAACAAAGAUAGUAUAGGAUAGUCAACGAGUUAGACUUCCGAUGUAAAUGUCAAGUAGCAUAUGAGAUUGUGCUAAAAUAUGUUGCCAAAGAUGGACGCACAGAAAUGCAGAGAAAGUUAGGAUUUAUAAAAGUUGCGCUGAAAACCUACAAGCACUUCCUCCCUCCUCUCUAGAUUAUUUUUUAGGUUAAUGAUUCUGUGUCCUCUUCGAUGUCUUUAAUGAGAAUUUCAAUUGCCUAGAAUAGCCAUAUAAUGCAAUGUGAUGAUAAUUCUGUACCUGUGUGCCAGACACUGUUAGUAAUACAGAUGGCCAAAUGCAUUGCGCUACUGUUAGAAUUGUAGAAAGUGUAACAACGGCGGGAAGACGCUUAACCUGCAACCCAUGGGGCGAGUUUUCACCUGCCAAUUCUACAUGUACUGUGGUUUUAUUCAUUGUAUUAAGAAAAAAUUCCUGUGAUUAUUUUUUUAAUGUGCAGAACACAUUGGCCUCACUGAGCUAAUAAAGGGAAACAAAUGUUUCAAAAA